AUGCCUCGUGGUCAUAAGAGUAAGCGCCAUUCUCGGGGGAAACACCGCCAAAACAGAGCUGAGAACCAAGGUGAUAUAAGUGCUCAGGCCCCUUCAGGAGAGGAAGGAGAUGCUUUCUCUUUCUCUUCCAUUUUUGGGGAUGGUCCCUCAACCUCCACUGUUGCUGGCAUUCUCCAGGCCACCACCAGUGCCGAUGCAGGUGCUUCAGGUGAAGGACCUGCUGUAAAAGCCAGAGGCCAGGUUCAGAAAAGUAAAAAAGCCUCCCAGGCCUCAGCCUCCACUGAGAGCUCUGGCCCAGAUCUUCUAACCCGGAAGGCAAAUCUCUUAGUUCAUUACAUGCUGUGUCAACAUAAAAAGAAGGAGCCCAUUAAAAAGGGAGACAUGAUGAAGAUCAUCCACAAGUGGUUCAGGAAGGACUUCACUGAGAUUCUCGGGAGAGCCUCUGAGCGCAUGGAUCGGUUCUUCGGCCUGGAAUUGAAAGAAGUCAAGCCCAACGGUAACUACUACACUCUUGUCGACAGUGAAGAUGCGAGUCGGAGCAGGGGCUUCAGAUUUCCCACCAAAGGGAUUCUGAUGCCUGUCCUGGGUUUUAUCUUGCUGAAUGACAACUGUGCCUCUGAGGAAGAGAUCUGGGAAUUCCUGAAUAUGAUGAGUGUCUACGAUGGAAAGACUCACUUCAUUUUUGGGGAGCCCAGGAAGCUUCUCACCCAAGAUUUAGUGCGAGAAAAAUACCUGGUGUACCAGCUGGUGCCCGACACUGAUCCUCCACGCUAUGAGUUCCUGUGGGGUCCACGAGCCCAUGCUGAGACCAGCAAGAAGAAAAUCCUCGAGUUUUUCUCCCUGCUCAAUAAUAAUAUCCGCACUACCUUGGCAUCUCAUUUUGAAAGGGCUUGGAAAGAAGAAGAAGAGAGAGUCCAAGCCAGAGCCCAAGCUGAAUCCAGGGCUGCCACUCCUCCCGAGGCCAGUGGAAGCCCCGGGGCCACAUCCGGCCACUAA